AUGUCCAAAAAUAAAGACAAGAGUGGGGCCUGCUUCGCCCUAACGAUGAGCAGCUACGCCACGAAGGAAGGAGCUUGUCUCAAGGAUGUUGGCGAAGUCGGUAUGGGUCGUGGCGCUGGACCUCUGCGCCCCCUCCCCCCGCAACGACGACCCGUCUCCUCCACCUACACGCCUUCCGAACCUGUGGACUGGGACGUGGAGGAGCAACGUCCCCUCAUUUUCAAACAGCAACGCCGCCUCGUCCCGACGGAAAUGCAAUUGAUCCUUCCAAAACCACAAGCGCCGGAAAUUGAAAUUGAGCCGUGGGACUUCGAGGCUGCAGAAAUUUUAGAGACGCAAGAAGGUGGUGAGAAUGAUGAUGAAAUGAAUCAAAUCGUGGAGGAUUUUUAUGCCAACUUGACACAGGAAUUGAUCAAGAAAUCUUUAGACCAAGUGGAUGCAGCGACACUCCUUCCAAUGGAACUAUCCAACAAGGAAUAUUUGGGCGAAGGAAAUUUCUCCGUCCAAGAUGACCAAAAUAAUGAAGAGAUUGGAGACGAGUUUGACGAGGCUGAAUGGAGUGACGCAGAGGAUUACGGAUAUUCAACAAAAUUCCCUUACAAGAAGAAAAAGCCGUUGGUCAAUAAAGGUGGAACGCUUCCCAAAUAUGUCACUCCAGCCGAAGAAACGGAACCUCGACCCGAAGAUGAUCUAGAGUUGGAACCGUUUGAGAUUGAAGAAAUCAAGGAGGGGACGACUCGUUGGUCAUUGGAAGACCCUAAAAAUGCAGAUGGACGAAAAGCCAGCAGAAAAAGUAAAGAUGAUCCUCAAAAGCCAAGGGGAAGUAAACCACUCGAAAGUGAAGAAGCAGCCCUGCUGAGAAAAAGUAAAGAUGAUGGUAAGGGUCCAGCACCCUCUGAAGAAGAAAAGGCAGAAGAGGAGGAAGAACUACCCUUGGGGGAGGAAGGGAUGCUCGCAUUUGCAUAUGUUUAUGCGGGUGAAAGUGCAAUGGACACCAACGUGGAGACUUCCAUUUGGCAAGCUCCUGACGAAAUGUUGGGUGAAGAUUGGAUUGCACCUCUAACCUAUGACAAAGCUACUCAGGUUACCUCUGACGAUAUUGCAGAGGAGUAUGAACGUAUUGAGGAAGAAGAACGGGCAGCCGAGGAAGCAGAAGCCUUCAGACUGCGACGCGUUCCAAGUUUGCGAGCGGAUGCUGAGUGUCUCGUAAAUAAACAUUAUUCAAGAUGAUAACUAUCUCCUUGAUGUAAUGCUAUCAACUGCAUAAAAAUAUGCAGGUUCGACCAGUUGGUUAUAAGCAGUUGGAACUCUCCGUCCCUUUAGAAGCCGUCACUCUUGAAGCAACGACCCAGGUCACGGAGCAAAUAAUGGACGAGGAAUGGGCCAUGGAAAGGGGCGUCUUCCUCUCAAAAGACGA